CUGGGCUACUUCUCUAGAGCCCACGCCUGGGAUUGUCUUCAACAAUAUUCAUUGGCCAGUGGACCAUCAGUCACACCGUUACUCUUUUGUCUGAACAUCUCACCAACUUCAGUAGUAAGCACUCUAUUGUACACAAUGAGUAACAUGGUGACAGAGAUUUUGGCCUUUAUUCUCACCACGUCUGGCUGGGUCCUGAUCUCCUCCACCAUACCCACGGAUUACUGGAAGGUGUCGUCUCUGGACGGCACAGUCAUCACCACAGCUACCUACUGGUCCAACCUGUGGAAGACCUGUGUCACUGAUUCAACAGGAGUCUCCAACUGCAAGGACUUUCCCUCCAUGCUGGCACUGGACGGCUACAUCCAGGCCUGCCGGGGUCUGAUGAUCACUGCUGUGUGUUUGGGCUUCUUUGGUGCUGUCUUCGCCUUGGUCGGAAUGAAGUGCACCAAGAUUGGGGGAUCAGACCAAAGCAAAGCCAGGACAGCUUGCAUCGCCGGGGUCAAUUUCAUACUCAGCGGUCUCUGCUCGUUGUCUGCAUGCUCCCUGUAUGCACACAGGAUAACAUCUGAGUUUUUUAACCCCAUGUUUGUCGCUCAGAAGUAUGAACUGGGGGUUGCCUUGUUCAUUGGUUGGGCAGGAUCUAUCCUUUGCAUUCUGGGAGGGGUGAUACUCUGCUUCUCAAUAGCAGAUAGUUCCACUACAAGUCACACAGGCUAUGCCUACAGAGGAGCUACCUCUGCCUCUAAUGUUUCUUCUCACCCUAGAGGGCAUGCACAGCCUAUGAGCCAGAGGCCUCCACCAGAGUACGGUAGCUCUUCUAGAGUACAGCACUUUGAUAAGAAUGCCUAUGUGUAAGGGAUGAUAGGACAAAUGCAGAACCUGAACAGCGGCAUAGUCUCGAGAGGCCGAUUUACUGCCAUACCAGUGAAAAGGAGGGGAAAGAAUGUGUUACGUGACUGGCUGGCCCAUUGUGUCACAAAUAAUGAUAGAUCAGAAAGAGAUCACUUUAUAUUGGAGUUGAUCCCCCUGUUCACCUAUUUAUGACAGCACUAAUUUCUAUGCUGAGUCCAAUGGAAAUCAGAGCCUUUUUGAGUUCGUAAGAGAUUGGCUGAGAUUUGUGGCUUUGAUAUUUACUUUAUAAUAAUAUGUGAGCCUUCUGGUAGACCUAAGCUGCGAAUCGAAAUAGUGUCAAUAAUAACCACUUUUCUGUACAAUUGUUGAUUUUUCUUUUCUUUUUUGAUAAUUGUUUGACAUUAAAGUG